AUGAGAAAUUUCAAGCAAGCUGACACAUCUGAUGAUAUCAUCAUUACGAAAUGGACGAAGAUGACCCCAUUGGAAAAAGAUAAAAUCACAUUUCCAUAUUCUGACGAAUUGGCCGCUAGCACAAGUGGAGAACCAACUAAAUUAUCUGCUAUCCGUAACCUCGCUGGUGAGCAACUGAUAAGCGUAAGAGGUGAAGCAUCAAGCAUAUCUGGCAUCAAAAUGGCUACAACACAGUAUUCAGGCAGCACCCAAAAGCAAGAAGUAAUAAUCAGAGAUCCGACUGCUUGUGUAAAGGUAGUCCUUUGGGGAAGGUAUGUCAAUUCCCUUGAAAUCAAUAAAACAUAUCUUUUCAAAAAUCUCAGGGUGAAAGUCACCAAAUAUGAACGCUACCUGAAUACCCCACGUAAAGAUGACUUUACUGCGACACAAUGCCAAGAGUUUGAUACCCCUCUUGUGCCACUGGAAGAAGAUGUAAACACCAUCCAACUUUCUCUGGCUCUAUUCUUGGUGUACAGAAACCUCCAAAUCCCUUGCAUGC